AUGAGUGGCAGCCGGCCGCAUUUACUACCUUCAAAACAAUAUAUCUUUGCCGAAGACUGUGAUCUCCUCGACCUUCUUUGUUCUCGUUUAAACGUUGCAAAGACAACGUUACAGCCGGCAUCCGAGAUUCCGACAAUAUUGGACAUGCGUGUCAAACAGGAUGCUCACAUUCCAUCUCAUGUCCUUGCCGUCUUUGACAUCCCAGAGAGCGAAUGGGGCUCAUCUUAUCAGCCUCUCUUGGUACCCAUUCGUGUUGACCUCUUCACUCGCGGUUUUCGCUCCAAAAUAAUUCCACUCAGCCCACCUGGGCAAUUUGUGACACUCCCUGUCGUCCCACUGCUUGUCCCACACGCCCCUUCUAUCCCUCUACUCCUCCUCUUCGGACUUGGGCUUGAAACACGAUCACACUUGUUAUGUUGCCGCCUCCUGCCCGCCGAGGUGAUAGGAGAAUUUCCCGCCCCUCCCACCAUGGCUAACAUCAUGGCAACGCUAUGCAGCGACGAACAACUCCGGGAGCAUUACAAAUUCAAUCACGGACUAUGGAAGAAUAUACUCUCCUUGGGGCCCCGGGACUCGCAUUUCAUCGAGCUUGCGCGGACAGCGUGGAAUGUCACAGUGGAAGCACGGCGAAUCCGACAACGGAACACGGCGUCUCACAUCACAUCGGUCCCGAAUUGAGCGAAUAUAUGUCCGUUUUGACGUUUUCCCUUUCAUUCCGCUUUGCUCAUCUCGCUAAAAUGGCUCUUAUACGACACUUUGCUUAACGAGGAUCAUGAUUAACUUCUGCUUAUAUCUCACCUACUUUACACAUCGCAAUCGAUUUGCUAAUUCUUUUCUUCGACGUUCUUUUCAUACCCCUCCGAUCGCUAAUAUCCUACGUGUAGAUAAUCAUUAAUUUCCUCCCGUGAUGGCAGCUGAAACGAGUACAAAGGUAACCUCGAGGUGUGUAGUAGUGUUGCAAAUCAUUUAAUAGGUGAGGUCACCGCCCGGACUUUAUAAUCGGUACUUGGAAGGAUCGGGUGGCGUAGUGGACGCGUGUGAAGCAUUCAAUAUUCAUCCGUUGUUAGACCGCUCCUACCUUUUCG